AAAUAUCUGAACUGUUUUUAUGGUUUUUAAUUUUGCCCUAAUUUUUUCUCUUACCUUUUUUCUUCUCUGCCCAGUCCCUUCUCCUUCCCGCAACCUUUGUGGCUGACGUUGCUCCUCCGAUUGAGAGAGAAAGAGAUGGAUUCUUCUCCUUCACAGAACAUAUACAUUCCGGAACAAUGGUCAGAGGCUGCAGAAUCCAUUUCUUGCAGUUCAACACCUCCUAUUGUUUUUAUAUGUGGUGCCAAAAAUUGUGGGAAGACGACCUUUUCCCGCUAUCUCCUAAAUAUCCUCUUGCACAAAUACACCAAAGUAGCUUAUUUGGAUACUGAUGUUGGCCAACCUGAGUUUACUCCUCCUGCUUCUCUAUCACUAACCAUUGUUCACAAAGUAACUCCAGAUUUGACAGUUCCAUGCCUGAAAACACCAGAGAGGUGUCUUUUCUUUGGUGACGUUUCUUGUAAAAGAGAUCCAUCAACAUACUUAAGUUAUGUCUUUGCCAUUUAUGAUUAUUACCAAAAGGAGUAUGGCAUCUCUGUGAAAGGAGAAAAUCCUUGUCGUAUCAAGUUGCCUCUUAUUGUGAAUACUCCUGGCUGGGUGAAAGGUGUUGGUUAUGAUGUAUUAGUGGACAUGUUGAAUUAUAUUUCUCCAACACAUGUAGUUAAGAUAAGCACAUCCAGUGAAAAUAAGAAUCUGCCUGCUGGAGAAUUCUGGUUAGAUGAAGAACAUGAUGGAACAAUCAACCUAAUUGAGAUAAAUUCAGCUCAUCAGGAUUCAUUAAAUAGGUCGGUACUUUUUCAGAAGGAUGCCCGUCCCCUACGUGAUUUACGAAUAAUGGCUUAUUUCAGACAGUGCUUUUCUAGUGAUUUAAAUAUUUCUACUAUGAAGGAACUUGCACAUGCCUUGGCCUCUCACUGUCCUUAUGAAGUUCCCAUUGCAAGCAUAAAGAUUAGGCAUCUUCAUUGUGAGGUCCCAAGCUCUGAAAUAUUCUUCGGUUUGAAUGCUACUAUUGUUGGCUUAGCUGUUGAUUCUGAAGGACCUGAAAAUUUACCUUGGUGUUUUGGCCUUGGGAUUGUGAGGGGCAUUGACACAGUAAAACGUGUGCUCUAUCUCAUUACUCCUGUGCCACAUAGUUCCUUGGAAAAGGUCAACCUCUUGCUACGGGGUUAUAUUCAAAUUCCCUCUUGUUUGUUGCAGGUUCAAGGAUGCAUCUCACCAUACAUGUCAGCAAAUACUUUGGCUAUAAACUAGUUAUUCAUGUGUUAGCAAAGAGAAUCAUUUCAGUAGCAUAUUAGCAGGGUAAUAGCCAUUAUAGUUUACUUAUAUUGUCAUUUUUCCUUAUUUGCUAAAUACAAUUUUGUUUACUGUUAUUAUAUUUAUACACAGUAGAUGUACAUAUGUGGAUAUUUAGCAUUGAAAUUACACUCAUGAUUGCUUGCAG